UUUAUACUGUGUGUGGUUUUUGAUUCUCCUUGUAUUGUUCACAAUUAUAUAUGGAGGAACUAUUUCUCUUCCAAGGAAAAAUUCAUCAUGGGCAAACUUUACAUUCAAAGCAAAACGAGCCAAGUUUGGUAAAUACUUCAUUUCGGGUGUUGAAAAAGCAUCAAUAAAACAACAUAAGUACAUGGCUCAAUUGUACGAGAAACGUAGAUCAGAAUGGAAAUUUUUGUGCGGUGCUGCAAUACUUGAUGAGAAUAUCGUAUUAACUCACGCACAUUGCUUGGGGGAACAGAACAACGUAAAGUACUAUGGUGUUAGAGCUGGAAAAACGAAAUAUAUACAAAGUGCUGAAAGAAUUUCUGAUCUAAUCAAUGUAGAGCGUAUUGAAAAACAUGCUGGUUACGAUGAGGCCGCAAUAGAUUAUGAUGUUGCAUUAAUAAAGUUAAGUUGGCCAAUAGAUUCUGAAGCAAAAACAAUAAAAAUAGGCAGUAAUGAUUGGACAUGUGAUGAAUGUGCCACAAAAGGAUUUUAUAGAGGAACAAUAGUUGGAUGGACUUGGUUUAGUAAGGAUAAACCAACCAGCAACGAUUUAAAAAGAAGUCAACUUCAACUCACUUCCCAAACUGUAUGUGAUUAUCUUUGGUGGAGUAAGUAUGGUCGCAUUAAGUAUGGUAAGGGUGUUAAUCCUAAAAGUAAUAAACGUAUAUUCUGUGCGUAUAAGGUAAAGCAACAAUGUAAAGAGAGCGAAGAAGAUUAUAACAACAAUUGUGUAAAAACACUAUGUGGCUCUGAUUUUGCUGGCAUGUUUAUAAAAGAUAAUACACUUUAUGGUAUUUCGACAGUGAGUACGGCUAAAUGCAACACAGCCGGUGUACCAACUUUUUUCACACGUUUGGCAGAUAAAAGAAUUAAAAAAUGGGUACGUGAUACUAUGGAUGCCCUUUUAAAACAACCAAACACAGCGGAACGUUGUGUUCAGUGGAAUCCUAAUUCUUCGAGAGGCAAUUGCGAGGACUCUGAUUAAAAGUAUCUUCUAUAUAUAGUAAACUCCAUACUAUACAAGUCAGUUAACAAUGUGCAAUUACAAAACAUCUUAAAUUAUAGUACCUAC